GCGGGAAUUGACAAGUUUUCGAGUAUGUGACAUUUAAGUUCAUCUGCAUGUCACCAUGUGUCAGGACAGAUAUGUAUAUAGCAAGCCUUGGCUUACAACAGAUAUACAUGUAGUUUACAAUUAAGUGUUCAUCAAGUAUUGCCAGUCUAUUGUGCAUGUUGGUAAUAAACAUCAUUUGAAUCAUGAGUGAGUUCAAAGUUCACCACCAUGUCAGCGAGCUGAUGAACUUGCUGGGAGUGAGGUCAACGGAUGAAGUCGGUGCUGAGGUGUAUACAGAGAUGCUGCUGAAGAACACCACACCCUACAUUACAACACAGGUAUCUGCACACCAAGCCAAACGGAAUAUCGCUUCGUUAACUAAAACACCUAUUGAAUUCCUCGCUAAAUAUGAUGACCUUAAGAGCAAAAAUGUGCGAGACUUGGAUCCACUGGUCUACCUGCUGUCUAAACUUGCUAAAGAAGACUCUUUACAGCAAACGAAAGAGUUCCUUGAGAGGAAUGCUAACGAGAAGGCCGAGAGUGCCGGGAUGACGUUGAUGCCACACAGCACGAUCACAUCACAGCUUCCAGCCCCCGGCACGAAGAUGUCAGAACAAGAAGUGUCAGAGGUGAAAGAUAAACUUUUACAACAAGCCAAAGCUGUUCCUGCAACAUCAUCGUCAGAAUUCUUGCGCAAAGCUCUGAGAGAGAAACAGCUGAAGAGAAAUGUGAAUAUCCCUCUACAACCUGAGUGGUUAUUCCAGAGGCCGUCUCUCACUAUGGACUUCAUGGUUGGUGUUGACGGACCACAGGAUCAGAACAUUGUUGCCCUAGGAACUCUGCCGCUAGCUCUCCAGGAGCGAGCCAUCUUUGAUGACAUUCUCUACUGCAUGCAGGGUAUUGAAGGGAAAUAUAUUUUAGCCAGGGCACUGACGGAGAGAUAUGCACCUAAAGAAUUCAUGAUAGACCAGAGCUUAGAUCCUUCUUUACAAGAGCUUGUCAAACGAGUUCUGCCGCUUUGUUCUAACUAUUCAACUGUUGUCAGGUUCAUAGAAGAAAAAGCUGCUUUUGAGUAUGGUCUUGUUAAUCAUGCACUGACGGCUGCCAUGCGAACGUUGAUUAAGGAAUAUAUGGUGUUGGUGGCUCAACUUGAACAUGAAUUUAGAGUGGGUGACUUGACAUUGCAGAAGUUAUGGUUCUACCUGCAGCCAACAAUGAGGACUCUGGAGAUUCUGGCGUCCAUUUCAAACUCCAUCAAUCGGGGCGAGUGUAUUGGAGGCGCUGUGUUGAGUUUACUUCACGAGAAAACGUUAAAUCUGAUUGGAGAUUCCAAAAGUCAAGAACUUUGUUUAUAUUUGACCCAGUCGGCCUGUGUCCCUUACUUUGAGAUUUUGGAGAAGUGGAUUUACAAGGGAAUUAUUUCUGAUCCAUAUUCUGAGUUUCUGGUGGAGGAAAAUGAAACAAUACAGAAAGAGAAACUUCAAGAAGACUACAAUGAUGCAUACUGGGAACAGCAUUACACUAUAUGCCGCGAGAGGAUCCCUGUGUUUCUUGAACAAGUUGCAGAUAAAAUACUCAACACUGGAAAAUACCUGAAUGUUGUUCGACUCUGUGGUCAUGACGUAAAGUGCCCGUACGCUCUAGAGAUCGUGUACACUCUGAAGGAGCGCAAGUACUACGACCAGAUAGAGAAGGCCUACAGCUACGCCAGCAAGCUGCUGCUCGAUCUACUGAUGAACGAGAAAGAGUUGAUGAGUAGAAUCAGAUCCAUGAAACACUACUUCCUGUUGGACAAGGGAGACUUCAUUGUACAGUUUAUGGACAUGACUGAAGAGGAAAUGAAGCAGGACAUUGAUGAUAUAACGAUAACGAGACUGGAGUCGCUACUUGAGCUGGCUCUGAGAACCAGUACGGCCAAUGUGGAUCCAUUCAAGGAUGAUCUCAAGGUGGAUCUUCUACCAUUUGAUCUGAUUACCCAGCUCUUUAAGAUUUUGUCCAUUGACACCAAAAUGGAAAAAGAUUACCGGGUGGACCCCACUGACCUUCACCUUUCUGGAUUAGAGUCGUUUUCAUUUGACUACAUCGUCAAGUGGCCUGUCUCACUGAUUCUCAACAGAAAGGCCCUGAUCAGGUACCAGAUGCUGUUUCGACACUUGUUCUACUGCAAACACGUAGAAAGGCAACUCUGCAGUGUGUGGAUCGGUAACAAGUCUGCCAAGAUGUACACCCUGCAGUCAUCGCGCUGGUAUUCUGCGGCCUUCGCACUGCGACAGAGGAUGCUGAAUUUUGUUCAGAACUUUGAGUACUACAUGAUGUUUGAAGUUAUCGAACCAAACUGGCAGACCUACCAGCGUAACAUAGAUGCUGCCUCCAAUGUGGACGAUGUGCUGGCGUACCACACAGACUUCCUCAACAACUGCCUCAAAGACUGCAUGCUCACCAACCCAGACCUGCUGAAGAUCGUCCACAAACUGAUGAUGGUGUGUGUCACCUUCUCCAACUUCAUCAUACGUUUAAGUGAGAGCACGUCGGUGGAGCAGCAGGUUGAUCGACUCACUCAGAGUUCUCUACAGGCCGGGCUGUCGGCUCGCGACAAGAAGGAAGACAGUGAAAAGAAGAAAGCAACAACCAAGGUUGUAUCAGAACACGUGGAUCAGCUGGUGGGCAGCGAGAACUUCGAGAGAACCAUCAUCAACUUCGACACCAACUUCUCACGCUUGUUCCUCGAGCUCUUUGACAAGAUUAUGGACUUCAACAGCAAGAACUACGAACACAAACUGUUCAGUAUCUUGUACAGACUGGAUUUUAAUGGAUUUUACACGGAGAAGCUGGAGGCCAUGUCAGCUGAGAGGGCCAUGCUGGACUCAUCGUUGUCCUCUCAGAGUUCACGGUCAGGUUCACAUUUGGGAUCAGUUCCAACGUCUUUCACAAGUCAGCAGCCCAACACAGCCCGGUAUGUGCCAGGAGUUCACAAGAAUCUGCCAGGUUUUAAGGGGGAUAUGUGAGAGUGACAUCUAUUGUAUAAAGCCAGCAGGUCACAAUAAUCUCCUAGACAUUAAGGGGGAUAUGUGAGAGUGACAUCUAUUGUAUAAAGCCAGCAGGUCACAAUAAUCUAGACAUUAAGGGGGAUAUGUGAGAGUGACAUCUAUUGUAUAAAGCUAGCAGGGCACAAUAAUCUCCUAGACAUUAAGGGGGAUAUGUGAGAGUGACAUCUAUUGUAUAAAGCCAGCAGGUCACAAUAAUCUCCUAGACAUUAACAGGGAUAUGUCAAGUUGUGUGAUCUGUUUAUGAAGCAGAAAAUGCCCAGAUGGGCGAGAAAUGUCAACGUUCCCUGAACAUAGGAAGAUGAAUGAAUUUAAAUCAUACAUUAUUCGACUUUACAUGAGUGUCUGGGUCAAUUUAGGUGUUUUCCCACUGAUGAAUGUAAUAAUGAAACUGAACAAAACCGACUUAAUUUUCUUAUUGACUUAAUGCAAAGACUUUACAAAUGUUUCUGUUGAAAGUGACUAAAAAAUGAGCAUUUAUCAGUAGUUCAUGGGUGUAUGAAUAUGAUGAGAAUUUUCUUUGGAUUCUGUCUUUACAGAGAUGCGAGCUUGUCGUUUAAGUAAGCCUUAGCGGAAGCAGUCUUGUGUUAGCAAAGAUGUAAAAUAACAGAACAGUGGUUGCUGUGCAGUCUUCCAAAUGUUAAAAUGAAUGUAACUUUGCUUGUAAUUUAAAAUUAUUUUGUCUGUAAAUUUGUAUAUCUAUCUAUCCACUCCAUUCAUCCAUUCUUCCAUCCAUCCAUCCAUCCAUUCAUCCUUCGGUCCAUCAUCCCUUCCAUCCAUCCUAUCCUAUCCUUCCUUUCUUCCAUCGAUGAUGCGCCAACAGAAGACAUUAUUUUAACAGGUUUGAUCAUAACAAACUGUUAGAAAGCAUAUACACAAAUUUAACCCAUUUGUCCUUUAACUGUUUUCUCAGAAUGAAGUAAACAGAUACUGCACAAGUUACUGUACAUACAUUAUUAAUUUAUUACUAUUAAACCAUGGGGGCUGAAUUUACAUGCUUGUAUGUAGUUGUAACUACAUACACUUACAAUGCUUAAACACCUGCGUCUAAGAAACACUGGCUUUGUGAAUGUGUCCCUGUAUCUUCCUGGUUGUAGUAAUUAUCCACGUUAUUUACAUGCUUGUAACUACAUACACUUACAAUGCUUAAACACCUGCGUCUAAGAAACACUGGCUUUGUGAAUGUGUCCCUGUAUCUUCCUGGUUGUAGUAAUUAUCCACGUUAUUUACAUGCUUGUAACUACAUACACUUACAAUGCUUAAACACCUGCGUCUAAGAAACACUGGCUUUGUGAAUGUGUCCCUGUAUCUUCCUGGUUGUAGUAAUUAUCCACGUUAUUUACAUGCUUGUAACUACAUACACUUACAAUGCUUAAACACCUGCGUCUAAGAAACACUGGCUUUGUGAAUGUGUCCCUGUAUCUUCCUGGUUGUAGUAAUUAUCCACGUUAUUUACAUGCUUGUAACUACAUACACUUACAAUGCUUAAACACCUGCGUCUAAGAAACACUGGCUUUGUGAAUGUGUCCCUGUAUCUUCCUGGUUGUAGUAAUUAUCCACGUUAUUUACAUGCUUGUAACUACAUACACUUACAAUGCUUAAACACCUGCGUCUAAGAAACACUGGCUUUGUGAAUGUGUCCCUGUAUCUUCCUGGUUGUAGUAAUUAUCCACGUUAUUUACAUGCUUGUAACUACAUACACUUACAAUGCUUAAACACCUGCGUCUAAGAAACACUGGCUUUGUGAAUGUGUCCCUGUAUCUUCCUGGUUGUAGUAAUUAUCCACGUUAUUUACAUGCUUGUAACUACAUACACUUACAAUGCUUAAACACCUGCGUCUAAGAAACACUGGCUUUGUGAAUGUGUCCCUGUAUCUUCCUGGUUGUAAUAAUUAUCCACGUUAUUUACAUGCUUGUAGGGUGUAUACUACCAAAUCAAAUCCCAUAGACGACAAUAGUAACAUGUGGCUAAAACUCCUACCUGCAAUGUAUCAACCGACAUAAACGCCACGGAUAUAAAUAC